GCGGCUACGAGCACGUGCGGCGUUGGGUCGCAGCCGACAUCGCGCGGGUCCGUUGGCGCCCAGAACUCGGAGACCCUUGGUUCUGCACUUGAUCGUCCUCGGUCAACUUCUACCACACUUCGCUGAGAUAGUCCAGUCAGGUUCUAUCGGGCUCUGCUUCUAGUCGGCUUGCUAUCCUGCGCACUCCCGCCGGAUCAGCAGCUCUUUCCGAGGCUCACAGUACAGCGAAAAUGGCAAAUCCGCGACAGAGGAGAAAAUCGCGCUCGGGAUCCUACAAGCCGGUCCACCAUUCUCGUAGUGCGAAAAAGAAUCUCAACAAACAACCACCAAUACGCGCCCCUAAAGUCCUUCAGGACGCUUGGGAUAAGCACAAAACCGUCCGACAAAACUACGAAGCUCUAGGCCUCAUUGCGUCCCUGAACCCUACACCAUCAGGAGGCGUCGAGCAGCCUGCGAACCAUACCGGCAACUCCCAGGGUGCGAGUGCGUCGGCCCCACCAGAAGCAUCCACCUCUCAGCAAGUAGCGGACGCUCAUACGAGUGUCCCCAGUAUCCCCAAAGGCUAUGGCCGCAUUGUCCGAGAUGAAAACGGGGACGUUGUCGACGUUUUGCUACCGGAAGAAGAGGAACUUGCUCCUGCCGAUGAGAUAAUGGAGGAGGUCCCAGAUCCUUCGCAUGACGAACAGUUAGCACCCUGGGUCGAACUAGGUUCGGCCACGAAGCCGGGUGCAUCGAAAGUUCCGGCGACACAUGCUGUUCGAGCGCUGGAAGCGAUCUCCCAAGAGCGUAGCGCUCGCCCGCCCAGAACUACGUCUACCGGGGAGCAGGCUAUCCUCCGACGUCUCGUUUGCAAACAUGGCGAAGAUGUGCAAGCAAUGGCGAAGGAUAGGAAAUUAAAUCCCGACCAGCGCACUGCGGGUGAACUGAGCCGUGCUGUACGGAAGGCCGGAGGGUUUGCGCAGCUCAGAGAGAUAUGAGCACUAGAUAGACACGUGUAUACCAGGAAAAGGGCGUUGGGGUUGAAUGCAGACGGUCUGUCUUCUGGCUUCCCUGUUUAGAUCCGUCAGGGAAGAUGUCGGCGCGCUGGAGUUAGAUAUAGACCGUAUGCAUCCCACAAGCCACGACAUAUACACUUCGGCGCAGCCAGAAGGCCGUGCUCUCCUGG